CACAUAUGUCGAGGCUACGACUGUCUGCCAGUGUGAAAAGGGUUACUUCCGAGCAGAGAAAGACCCCCCAGCCAUGGCUUGUACAAAACCUCCUUCAGCUCCAAGAAAUGUCAAUUUCAACAUAAAUGAAACUGCUCUCUAUCUGGAAUGGAGUCCACCUUUCGACACCGGUGGCAGAAAGGACCUUGUCUACAAUGUGAUCUGCAAGAAAUGUGGGGCGGACAUCCACCAAUGUGAACUUUGCGGUGGAGGAAUUCGAUUUGUACCUCAACAUUCUGGCCUUGUCAAUGCCUCAGUCAUUGUCCUGGACUUCUUAUCUCAUGUCAACUAUACAUUUGAAAUCCAGGCAGUCAAUGGAGUUACAGAGCUCAGUUUGUCCGCCAGACAGUACACCUCUAUCACCAUCACAACGGAUCAGGAAGCUCCUUCACUAAUUGGCAUGGUGAGAAAAGACUGGGCAUCUCAAAGCAGCAUUGCUCUCUCGUGGCAAGAGCCAGACUAUCCUAAUGGGGUCAUUCUGGACUACGAGAUCAAAUACUAUGAGAAAGAACACGAACAGCUCAGCUAUUCCUCCACCAGAUCCAAGGCACCCAGCGUUAUAAUCACAGGCCUGAAGCCAUCCACCAAGUAUAUAUUUCACAUUCGAGUCAGAACCGCUGCAGGAUACAGCGGCUACAGUCAUAAGUUUGAAUUUGAAACUGGAGAUGAAACAUCUGACCUGGCAGCAGAGCAAGGGCAAAUUCUGGUAAUUGCCACAGCUGCAGUUGGAGGAUUCACUCUGUUGGUUAUUCUCACUCUGUUCUUCCUCAUCACUGGCAGGUGCCAGUGGUAUAUUAAAGCAAAAAUGAAAUCUGAAGAAAAAAGGCGUGCACAUCUGCAAAAUGGAAACUUGAGAAUUCCGGGUGCAAAAACAUAUAUUGAUCCUGAUACGUAUGAAGAUCCUUCCUUAGCCGUCCACGAAUUUGCAAAAGAGAUUGAUCCAUCUAGAAUUCGAAUAGAGAGAGUAAUUGGAGCGGGGGAAUUCGGAGAGGUAUGCAGUGGAAGAUUGAAGACGCCUGCAAAGAAGGAAAUCCCAGUGGCCAUUAAAACUUUAAAAGGAGGUUACAUGGACAGGCAGCGCAGAGAUUUUCUCCGAGAAGCAAGUAUCAUGGGACAGUUUGAUCAUCCAAAUAUCAUCCGACUCGAAGGUGUUGUUACGAAAAGCCGGCCUGUGAUGAUUGUGGUGGAGUACAUGGAAAACGGUUCCUUGGACUCGUUCCUGCGGAAGCACGAUGGUCACUUUACAGUCAUCCAGUUGGUGGGAAUGCUACGAGGAAUUGCCUCAGGGAUGAAAUACCUCUCCGAUAUGGGAUAUGUCCAUCGUGACCUAGCAGCCAGGAACAUUUUAGUCAACAGCAAUUUGGUCUGCAAAGUUUCAGAUUUUGGACUUUCACGAGUGUUAGAAGAUGAUCCUGAAGCCGCUUAUACAACCACAGGUGGAAAAAUCCCUAUCAGAUGGACGGCACCAGAAGCAAUAGCUUACCGAAAAUUUUCUUCAGCCAGCGAUGCAUGGAGCUAUGGUAUUGUGAUGUGGGAAGUGGUGUCUUAUGGAGAGCGGCCAUACUGGGAGAUGUCCAAUCAGGAUGUCAUUCUGUCUAUUGAGGAAGGCUAUCGUCUCCCUGCUCCAAUGGGCUGUCCAGUGUCCCUGCAUCAGUUGAUGCUUCAUUGUUGGCAGAAGGAAAGGAAUCACCGACCCAAGUUCUCAGACAUUGUGAGCUUCCUAGACAAGCUCAUUCGCAACCCCAGCGCCCUAAACAUACUAGUGGAAGAUAUUUUGGGUUUGCCAGAAUCACCAGGAGAAAUACAAGAAUAUCACUUUUUUGUCACAGUCACCGAGUGGCUAGAGUCUAUAAAGAUGGGUCAGUAUGCCAGUAACUUCAUGGCAGCCGGGUUCACAACGCUGGACCUAGUUUGCAGAAUGAGCAAUGAUGAUAUCAGAAGAAUCGGGGUAACGCUCAUUGGACACCAGAGAAGAAUAGUGAGCAGUAUACAGACUUUACGGUUACAGAUCAUGCAUUUACAAGAAAAAGGAUUUCAUGUAUGAAAGCAGUAGAAGCAACUGUUUUGUGCCUCAGUAUUUCUUUACCAGAAGAUAUUCUUACUCCUCAUAUUGGAUUCUCCCUCUCUAGACUUUGGAACUCUUCUCAAGAGAAAAAGAGAAAGAGAACCUGACACUUCUAGACUGAAGUUUUUGAACACUUUACAUAGAUAUGUCUUCAAGUUACUGACAAGUAGAAUCCUGGGCCCCACAGCAAGACUUCUCGCAUCUUAUGAGUGUUGCGGCAUGGGUGUGCGGCGUUGUGUGACAACUUCUUCCAUUGGUUCAUGAACUCUGUAGCAAUUUUGGCCAAGUCUAGCUUUCAUCUGGUGUAGCAGAAUUAAAUGGUAAUAGUUUAAGUGGCUGCAGGCCUGUUUUUGACAAAUUGGAACUAUUAAUAUAAGACAAACUGAUUU